AUGGCGGAACUGGCGCCCAUUGGACUGGAGUCUCUGCCAUCACAAAACACAAAAAUGAUUUCGUCUAUACUCAUUUCACAGAUGAUUGAUGAGAAUAAAUCAAAAGAAAAUAAGGCUCCUUUCCCUAUGAAGUCUGUAAUCACCCAGUCUGAUGCUUAUCGCAUGAGCCAAUCUUUGGCUAAUCAUAGUUCAGUCAACAUUAAUAGAGCAUUCAUAUUGCUUCCCAGAAGAUUAGGAAUUCAGAUUUCUUCAGAUGACAAUGUAUUUGGAACAGACUCCCAUACCAAAGAGGAGACACAGUGUCAGAGCCAGAGGAAAGGUUUUGCUUCCAUCACAAUCACCGCUAGACGAGUCGUUCCACCUUCUCACAGCAUGAUGCAGGUGGAUGCUUCCGACCCUGCUUGUUUGAAAUGCCGAGGAAGAAGUAAGCUGCUAAUGAACACUACUCCUGCUUCAAAUGUGACUGGGCUAGAUCAUCUCUGCAGACCUUUCCACGCACAAAGAUGUUGUCAAAAUGGAAAUGCCACUGAAAUAAAGGUUUCUGAACCCUGUCCGCAGCCGUGCACGGAGCAAUCUGGCUGCACAUCUAGCAUUGAAAAUAAAGAGAACAGAAGGACCCCUCCAAGAAACAGCCACAAGAAACAAGCACCAAUUUCCUUCACUUCAAGCAUUCACUUCAGCAUUUCCCAGCGGUGUCCAAACACAAUAUAUUACAUAGACAAGUCUCUCUCAGUGCCUGUAGAUCAGCCUCGGACUAAAAACCAAAAAAUGCGUAGGUCAGUCAUGUCUUUCAAUAUAAAUUGCAGUUCCCCCACUUUAACGCCAGAUGGAGUGGAUGGUUUAGCUAAUGGAGAGCUAAUCACAGAAGUACUUAAGACAAAGCUCCCAGAGGAGAGCAAGGCUCCACACAGAACAAUUUGGAAUGCAGAUCUCAAGGAGAACUACUUGGAUGAAAAACAGACAUCGGAAAAGGAACCAUUAGGGACUGAAUAUCUCCAGAACGGUACCUUUCCAUCUGAAACCCUGCCAGUUGUGGAUAGCCUUCAAGGACAUGAUAAUUUAAAGCUAACACAGAGUAAUGAUGGGAAUUCAAAUGACAAUCACAGUACAUUGUCUCCUCACAUUCCUCAUUGGACUUACGAUGAAGGCACACAAGCAUCCUCAGGAAGCAACAGAAAACAGUGCAUAAGAGACAGACACUAUGAAACAGCACUUGCUUCCUUUCUGGAGCAAUCGUCCAAGAAAGAACUCAUGGUGGAAGGUGGCAUUUCUUUGAAAGAUAAACAUCAACCCAAAGGCACUUCAGAGUCCAAAGAGAGUCAGACCCAAAGCUUUCUGAAACCAAAAACAUCUUUUUCUGAUCACGGGUAUCAUAUAAAGGCUUUAUCAAAAAGGGCACUGGGCGAAAAUGAUAUCUACAGAAAAGAUCCGUUCCCAAAAGGUGAUUACAAAUUCUGUGGUUUGGCUAUCAAGCUGAAGGAGCAUCAGAAAAGUGAGAUGAACAAGACAAUCGACAGGGUAACAACCUCCACAGCUCAUGAGCCAGAUGUUACUCAUGAGAAACAUGAAGCCUUCCAGCAGCCAGAGGUCUGCUCUGAGCCUGAGAACAUUCCUGAAAACCCACUGACUCUCAGGGAGGCGCUAGAAGUUCACAAGCCUCACUUUAUUUCCCGCUCACAAGAACGCCUAAAUAAACUCAAACACAUGGUACAGCUGAGGAAAACCCAGCAGGGUGAUGCUUCAAGAAAGAAACAAGGGGCUGCUCUUUCUCGCAAACUUUCCACAUCUUCCAUUACGAGUAAGAAGAAACAGUAUACAAUUCCUCAUCCUCUCAGUGAUAACCUGUUCAAGCCAAAAGAACGGUUCAUUUCAGAGAAGGAGAUGCACAUGCGAUCGAAAAGGAUUUAUAAUAAUCUGCCUGAAGUGAAGAAGAAACAAGAAGAGAAACAGAAACGGGUAAUCAUACAGAGCAACAGACUGCGUGUUGAAGUGUUCAAAAAGCAAUUGCUGGAUCAGCUUCUUCAAAGAAAUACCGAGUGACUAAAGAUUCCUGGACACGUCAUUUCUUCUUGGACCUCGAAUGCCUUCGAUGAUUAUAAAGCCAUAAAAACUUGAUGCGAUCUUCACGACUUGGAGACUUUAUUCAUUUUAAAUCUACAAAGACUAUAGUUUGAUUUGAAUUUUUUUAAAAAGGAAUAUUCAAAGUAAUUCUGGCAGGGGGGCUGGAUUAUAUUCUGGUGGUCAUGACACAUGGAAAUACAGCUUUAAAAAUGGUUUUAUGCACUUGUUGUUGCAGCAAUGCAGCAUUUAAUUUGUACUUUUAAAUUAUAAAGCCAGCUUUUCAUUCAUAGAUGAGAAUCAUAUAUUGUCACUACAAAUACAUGGUUUCCAUGUACUCCACUUAGUGAUUGCUUUGAAGUCUAAAACUAGCUCUUUUGAAUGUAAGGAAAAGUGAAUAUUUUUGCUGUGCUAUUUAGCUAAAAUAGCAUUGCUGCCUAACCACCUGAACUACAGCAUUAAAUGAAUGCUUAACAUAGUAUCAAGACCGAUAUUUUAAUCAACCACAUUUUUGUUUAUAUAGUGAAGCCAAAUAAGGGGGUUACCUGUUAAAAACCAGUCUUUGGGACCUAACUAUUAAUUCUUCUUUUGAAACAUGCUCUUUGCUAAACCAUAUAAUUUUGCCUGGUUUCAUGUAUUUUUAAAAUGGCACAAACCCGGUCAGUGGUUCUGACCAAGAAAAAUGCUUGUGGAAAGGGUGCACAUUUUUAAAUAUCUGUAUUGUUUCCUCCAAAAAUACUUAAAAUUGUCAUUUGUGCAUUCAGAAAUAAAGCAAAUUAAGCUUUGUACAAAGAAGGAAUAAAGCGUAAGUAAGAAAAAUU